UAGUAGUUGAUCAAGUGAUCCCUACUGUCAUAGGGAGUGCUCUGCCUCGGUCUUCUGUUCCAGGCCACUGCCAGAAAGGAAUGCUUCUUCUCACAUGAUUGGUGUGCCGGAUGUCUGAAUAUAUUUUUAUUACAUUUUAAUUUCUUUUCCGAACUUAUACUAUAUCGGAAACGUCGCUCGAAAUUUGCUAAUCAGUUAGCAUUAAAAUAAUUCAAAUCCAUUCUUCGGAAUCAAGGACGUUUUACCAAUUUCCACAGUCUCGGAAGUACUGAGACUGAAGAAGAGACAUUCGCGAGGAAUUCAACGGCUGGAGGAGGAACUGAAAGGCCAGAGUGUGAGUCAGCUGAAAAGGCUGGAUUUCUCUGCAUAAUUCAAGGGCGUGACAUUUAACUUUUUCACAUAAAAAAAGUGCUACCUAGUGCCAUCUCCAAUAUGCUGUAUCCAUUAAUUAACGACGAUAAGGGUGUGUUAGACAAACUAGUGGAAGUAUUGGAGAAAUUUGGAGAUGAGUAUAUUCGUAUCCCCGAGAUCGCGCACUUGGAGAAUUUCGACAAGACUGAAGAGUUAACCAUUAAAGGAUUCAGCCCAAAAUGGAUUAUUGAGAGUAUGUUAGAAAAGCACAAUCUCUAUCAGCGAUACGUUGUGACAACAUCCAAUACCUUUAAAAAAUUUUCUUAUGUACACGUCAACAAAUGCGACGAAACAAUAUGCCAAUAUACGUUUACUAACGUCAUGCUGUUUCAAACCGAUGUCUAUAUUUUAUGUCAUUUGUAUUUUCUCAUAUCGAGGUGUGGACUCGAUAAAUGGCCGUCGGUGAUGGAAUUAAUGAACAUAAUGAUAGAGAAGUACGGGAUAAGCACUGAGCCUAUAUCAGAGCGGGAAUCCUCCCUAAACUUAAAUCCUCCUGCGGACGUGGUCACUUUGUCUAGAAUAGCACAUUCUUAUCCAAGCAUAACGAUGGAGAUAUUCAAUUAUAAUAUCAACGCCACCGCAUUUUUCCUUUCUUCAAUAUUUCCACCUUUGUACAAUCUCUCUACCAUGAUCUGCUCACCCAUAAUCUCUUCGCUCCUCCCCUUCUCACAGGAUCCCCCCCUUGCCGUGCUCAUAGCUAUAAAUCUUCUAUUAGAAAACCAUUCCGGACUUCAAACAAAGACUCCGUUAACAACAAUCUUCCUGAGAAUCUUCAGAGAAUAUAAAUCUAAGGUCUUUCCCGAAAGUUUGAAAUACGAAUUAUGUUGGAAGUGGAAAAUAAUUAAUGCAGAAUAUAAAAAUAAUAUAUUUUCGUCUAAUUAUGCACUUUGUUGCAAAAUAGCCAAAAACUUGAUAAUCGAGAUGAGACCAGAAGAGUCCAGCUUGCCGCUUUUACUUCCUUUAUUAUAAAUGUUUUAAUAUUUCUUUAUUAACAGUGCCUUCAUAAAAUUAACAAUGUAUUUGCACUGUGGUAUUUGGAAAGCAAGAAUUCGUUUUAUUUAAGCGAAUUACUAUUAUAAAAGCAGUAGUCAGUCGCAUAAGGCAAAUUAUUUAAAAGAAUUCAAUCUGUUAAUUUGUCUUUUAUCUGCUUUCUUUUUUUGGCAAAGAAGAAGCAUUCCUUUAUUUUAAAUGUGAUAAACUGUGAUAUUGUUUUAAAAUUUUUUAUUAAUAUGACACUCUCUUGUGAACAAAGUUAUUCUCGAACUGGUAAUUUUUUUUAGAAACUAUAACUCACACAUAUAUUGCGAUAAUAUAUUACUUCCAUAAGUAUUUUCUUAUCCUUUCGAAACGAGUCGCAUCUUUUUUCUAUUCAGUUAUUAUGCGAUUGAAUUUUAUAUGAUAAACGCUUCACAAAUCUCGAAUUGUAUAAUCCAAUGUGAUUGCAUAUUUUAUAACAUAACCAGCUCGAAAAGUAAAACACUGUGAAGAUAAUAAUUUUUGACGAUAUUAAUAUUUGUGUAAGAACGCGCACGAUUUAUGCUUCCACAAGAUUGUGUACAUAUAAACGCAUAAAUAUAUUUAUCGCAGCCUGGAAUUUUUAACAAAUUCGUAACUUGUACUUCUUAUUUCGAGCUCAUUUUACAUGUGUUCUUAUCAAAGUUCUCCGUAUGAAAAUGUUACGAUUUAUUCAUUAUCUAAGAUGUAUAUGUUGUAAGAUAAUACCAUACAAUAAAGCAUUACGGAAACAAAUAAGAUUUUA